AUGUCGUUAAACAUUCUGCUUUUAGGCAAUGGCGGAAGAGAACAUGCUUUGACAUGGAAGCUAGCUCAAUCACCAUCGGUGUCUAAAAUCUAUGUUGCUCCAGGUAAUGGGGGCACAAGUAUUAUGGGUGGUAAGGUCAUCAAUGUUCCAGAUUUGGGUGUUUCGAAGUCGCAUUUUGAUGCUCUAAGACAGUUUGCGUUGGAGAAGGAUAUUUCUCUUGUUGUACCAGGUCCAGAGCAACCAUUAGUUGAUGGCGUUUCUGAAAUAUUCAACAGCGUGGGAAUUCCUGUUUUUGGACCUUCGGGUAAGGCGUCUAUAUUUGAGGGUUCAAAGGUGUUCUCUAAGGAUUUCAUGGCUAAACAUAAUAUACCUACUGCUCGUUAUGCUAACUUUAACAAGUACGAAGAUGCCAGAUUAUAUUUGGAACAUGUGGACUACAAAGUCGUAUUAAAAGCAGAUGGUAUUGCUGCGGGAAAGGGUGUUUUGAUUCCAGAUACGCAAGAGGAGGCACAGGAGGCAUUACGGAUUAUUAUGGUCGACAAGCAAUUUGGAGAUGCCGGCAACUCCGUAGUUAUUGAAGAGUUUUUAGAAGGAGACGAGAUUUCUAUAUUGACAUUAUCCGAUGGUUAUUCCUACUACAACAUGCCGCCAGCUCAAGACCACAAGCGAAUUGGUGAGAACGAUAUUGGUUUGAACACCGGUGGUAUGGGUACGUAUGCGCCAGCUCCAGUGGGCACUCCCGAAUUGUUAAAGCAGAUUGAUAAACAAAUUAUCAAACCAUCUAUUGACGGUAUGAGACAGGACCGUUUACCUUUUGUAGGUGUUUUGUUUACAGGUAUCAUUAUUACGAAAGACGGCCCUAAAGUUUUGGAAUACAAUGUAAGGUUUGGUGAUCCAGAAACCCAAUCUGUCUUGUUGCUAUUAUCUGAUGAAACAGACCUUGCUGAGGUCUUUUUAGCUGCUGCUCAACACAGGUUGGAUUCUGUUAAGAUCGGUAUCAAUGAAAAUACAUUUGCAACAACUGUUGUGUUAGCAGCUGGUGGUUAUCCUGAAUCUUAUAAUAAAGGUGACGAAAUUGUAAUUAACACUGAAAAUUUGCCACAAGGCUCUCAUGUCUUUCAUGCUGGUACAAAACUAGAUAAUGAUAGAAUAUUGACUGCAGGAGGCAGGGUCAUUGCUGCUUCCGCUGUUGCCUCUACUUUGAGGGGAGCUGUGGAUAAAGCCUAUCAGGCGGUUGACUGUAUUCAAUUCAAUAAUAGAUACUUCAGGAAAGAUAUAGCUCAUCGAGCCUUUAAAGAACAAAAUAUUGCGUCUUCAAAAUCCAUUACUUAUGCUGAUGCUGGUGUUUCUGUUGAUAACGGAAACCUUCUUGUGGAAACAAUCAAAGAGAAGGUAAAGUCGACCAGCAGACCUGGUACCGACGCCGAUAUCGGUGGAUUUGGCGGUUUGUUUGAUUUAAAACGCGCGGGUUAUGAUAUCAAUGACACUUUGCUAGUUGCUGCUACUGAUGGUGUGGGUACGAAAUUGAUGAUUGCUCAAGAAACCAACAUCCAUAAUACUGUUGGUAUCGACCUGGUCGCCAUGAAUGUUAACGAUCUAGUUGUUCAGGGCGCAGAACCUUUGUUCUUCUUGGAUUACUUUGCCACUGGAAACUUGGAUAUUCAAACUGCAGCUGAUUUUGUUUCUGGUGUUGCUGAUGGUUGUAUUCAAGCUGGUUGUGCCUUGGUUGGAGGUGAGACUUCUGAAAUGCCUGGUAUGUAUCCAGACGGUCAUUAUGACACCAAUGGUACUGCAGUUGGCGCUGUGAAAAAGGGAAGUGUCUUACCUAAAAUAUGUGACAUGGCUACUGGUGAUGUUUUGCUUGGUUUGGCCUCAGAUGGUAUUCAUUCCAAUGGGUUUUCCUUGGUCAGGAAAAUAAUUGAACAUCAAGGUUUAUCGUGGGAUGUACCGUGUCCAUGGGACAAUAAUGUAACUUUAGGCCAGGCUGUUUUAGUCCCUACGAGAAUAUAUGUUAAACAACUGAUGUCUCCAAUUAAAGAGAAUUUGUUAUUGGGUUUGGCGCAUAUUACUGGUGGUGGUUUAGUUGAGAAUAUUCCGCGUGCUUUGCCAAAACACCUACGAGCAAUAGUGGAUAAUUCAACUUGGACGGUUCCUCCCGUUUUUAAGUGGUUUUCUAAGGCUGGUAAUGUGCCUGUUGAAGAUAUCCUCAAAACAUUUAAUAUGGGUAUUGGAAUGGUUGCUAUCGUUAAAAAGGAAAACGUUGAUAGAGUUAAACAACUAUUGCAACAAGCUGGAGAAACAGUCUAUGAAAUCGGUUACUUGACUGAAAGACCUAAAGAUGCCCCAGGUUGUAUUGUUGAAAACACCUUCAAUUCCUUACAGACCAUGUAA